AGUGGGGCGCCUGCCUGUGUGGAUGAUUCGCCUCAGAAGCAGCAGCCAUGGCUCGGCUCUCCGUCCUCAUCCUGCUGCCGCUCGUGUUUCACUCCGUCGCUUCCAUUUCGUUCUUCCUGCCGAUCAGGACGCGGAAAUGUCUAAAGGAGGAGAUCCACAAAGACGUCCUGGUGACCGGAGAGUACGAGAUCAGCGAGCAGGCUAACAGCAAAGUCAACCUGAAGAUCACAGACUCGUCUGGUCACACCCUGUACUCCAAAGAGGACGCCACCAAGGGAAAGUUCGCCUUCACCACUGAGGACUACGACAUGUUUGAGGUCUGCUUCGAGAGCAAGUCGCAGAUGGCUAUAGGUCGAGUUCCUGAUCAGCUGAUUAAUCUGGACAUGAAGCACGGCGUGGAGGCGAAAAACUACGAGGAGAUUGCGAAGGUGGAGAAGCUAAAGCCCCUGGAGGUGGAGCUCAGGCGUCUGGAGGAUCUCUCGGAGUCCAUCGUUAACGACUUCGCCUACAUGAAAAAGAGGGAGGAGGAGAUGAGGGACACUAACGAGUCGACGAACACGCGUGUGCUGUACUUCAGUGUGUUCUCCAUGUGUUGUCUGAUUGGUUUGGCCACAUGGCAGGUCUUCUACUUGCGCCGCUUUUUCAAAGCCAAGAAGCUCAUCGAGUAACAGCAUGACCUCACCAGAGCCGCCAAUCACACCGGGAGGCAACGCCCACUUUCUAUUUUUGUCCCAUUUUACAUUACAACUUUUUUGCCCCAACCCCUUGCCCAUUUCGCAAUGUUGUGUGUGUGUGUGUGUGUCGGGAGCUGACAGGGUGGGGGAAGAAACUACGCACUGCGGCCAUAUCCGUAUAACACCCUUAAACUAAUAAUAAUAAGACAUGUAUUCACUUCUCUACAUGUAGUCUUUCUCUCUCUCACACACACACACACACACAGGAGCAGUAAAUAGAAGAAUCUCUUUUUUUUGUGUGACAUUUUUGUACAUGUUUAGUUUUUUUUUUUAAAGGUAUAUGUCCUGUUUAUACACACACACACUUUUGCAGAAUGUUACAGCUAAGCUCCGCCCCUUUCUUUGCUCUUGAUCGGUACAUUAAUUCCAUGCCAUUACACUCUAAUGUACUCGUUACAAAGGCAGAGACGAGGCUGAUAAACAAAUUUUUAAACACGUUCUGAGAGUGUGUUCACGACUUUAUCACUCAGCUGGAGGAUGGAGGAGUUUUUUUUCUUUCAAAGAUGAUGUAAUAUGAUGUUUCUGCCAUAGUUCUCUCUCUCUCUCUCUCCCCACUCUUAGUUCACCUCUGUGCUGUUAGGUGUGUGCAUGUGUGUGUGUGUGUGUGAGAGAGAGAGAGAGAGAGUGAGUGAGUGUGUGUGAUUGAUAAUCUGACUGUAAUAUUAUCCAGGUUUUCACCCGGAGUUUAUCGAUUACAUGGCAGUUUGUUUUCAGGAUUAAAGCUCAUUGACCUUCAAUAAAGUUUGUUACCUAAAA